AUGGCACCGACUGCCUCCCUCAGCGCUGCGGCCGCUGCCGCCAGCAGUACCAAUGCCAGUUCGCGCAGCUCGCCUGCGAUUGGGGCACCCGUGGCCUCCUCCUCCUCCUCGAAGCCGAAGCACAAGGUCAACUCCAACGGCUAUCACCCUACAAACCCACCCGUGCCGCUGAGCUCCAUGGUCAGCGCGCCAUUGGACCUCACCUCAGUCGAGAGGCGCGGCCAGCCCACGGCUGUGCGGGAGCCGCUCAAGAAGAAAACACGACCGCACGGCAUAUCGGAAGCCCCGACCUACUGUCCGUCAGAAAGCGAAUGGCGCGACCCCCUGCAAUAUAUUCAAAAAAUCGCUCCCGAGGCAUCUCAAUAUGGCAUAUGCAAGAUUAUCCCGCCAGAUUCAUGGAACCCUGAUUUCGCGAUUGAUACUGAGGCUGUCGAAUCUAGAGGCGGAUUCGACAAGCGAUGGCUUUGCCCAUAUGAAGACUAUCUGCGUCUCGCGAAACCCGGCGUGCAUCAGCAGUUGGAGCAGGAGUAUGGCGGCCCUUUGACCCCGAGCCCCGCACAUACGCCAGUAAAGCCGUCUGCCGUCAACACCCCGAGCAGCGUGCGAGGGGCCUCGCCUGCCCGACAGGCAUCGGAUGCCCUUCAGAGCAGCGUCGCUGGCAAAAGAGAGGCGGAUCGAGACACGCCCAUGGCCGAUGCACCGCCGGCUCCCACCGCGGCAAAGCCUACCUCUGGUUUCACAGCCAUCAACAGCAACAGCGGCUUCACCGCAGUCAAUUCGGGCUUUACCAGCGUCAACCGUCCCGCCAAUGGCGAGAGCAAAAGCUUCACGCCGGAUUCCAAGCGUUACGACAGCCCCGCCACGUCCGCGAGAAAUACCCCUGAAGCUCGGCCAUCCGGCCUCGGCUCUGCUGUUGCGCUGAAGCGGCAGUUGAGCGUCGGCAGUCCGGCAGACCCUAUCAAGAAGGAAGGCGAUGCCGACAAGGACGAUGCCGACAUGGCCAGCCGCCGCAGCAAGCGCCUCAAGAAAGACAAUGUGCCUACCGUGGCCGGCUCUCACAUGACCGUCUUCCGGCCUUCUGUUCCUAGAAUACCUCGGGAAGAGGGCGCCGCUGCCGGAGGCAAGUGCGAAAACUGUGGACGGGGCGAGGACAGUGGAGCUCUGCUGGUCUGCGAGUCCUGCGACCAUGCAUACCAUGGCCCUUGCCUGGAUCCGCCGCUCAAGCGAAAGCCUGAGGCCGAAUGGAACUGCCCGCGCUGCCUGGUUGGAGACGGCCAUUUCGGCUUCGAGGAGGGCGGGUUAUACUCCUUGAAGCAGUUCCAACAAAAGGCAAACGAUUUCAAGCAGGGCUAUUUUGAGCAAAAGAUGCCGUAUGAUGAGACUCUCCAGUGUCACAGACCCGUCACCGAAGAAGACGUCGAGCGAGAGUUCUGGCGCCUGGUAGCUGACUUGGAAGAGACGGUCGAGGUCGAGUACGGCGCCGAUAUCCACUGCACCACGCACGGCUCGGGUUUCCCUACCGUCGAGAAGCACCCGAACAACCCGUAUGCCACCGACCCGUGGAACCUCAACGUUCUGCCUUUCCACCCGGACAGUCUCUUUAGGCAUAUCAAAUCAGACAUUUCGGGUAUGACUGUGCCCUGGGUCUAUGUGGGCAUGAUCUUCUCGACGUUCUGCUGGCACAACGAAGAUCACUAUGCCUAUUCGGCCAACUACCAGCACCUGGGUGCUACCAAGACGUGGUAUGGUAUACCUGGAGAAGACGCCGAGAAGUUCGAAAACGCAAUGAAGGAGGCCGUACCGGAGUUGUUCGAGACCCAGCCGGAUCUGCUUUUCCAGUUGGUGACCCUCCUCACGCCAGAGCAGCUGAAGAAAGCAGGCGUGCGUGUCUAUGCAUUGGACCAGAGGGCUGGCCAGUUCGUCAUCACAUUCCCGCAAGCUUAUCAUGCGGGAUUCAACCAUGGCUUCAACUUUAACGAGGCAGUCAACUUUGCUCCCUGCGAUUGGGAGAAAUUCGGACAGGCUGGGGUUGAGAGACUGCAGCUAUUCCGCCGGCAGCCGUGCUUUUCGCACGACGAGCUUCUGUGGACAGCCGCCGAAGGGAGUGUGACUUCGGGUCUUACCAUCCAGACAGCAAAGUGGCUUGCGCCAGCUCUUGAUCGCAUCGGCCAACGGGAACGAGCCCAGAGAGAGGAGUUCCUCGCAAGGCAUACCAGAGACUUCCCUCACAAUUGUCAGAUCACCGGCGGUAGCGAGGACUCAUGCCCACUUACGUUCAAGAUCGACGACACCGAUGUCCAUGACGAAGAAGAGCAGUGCUGCAGCUACUGCAAGGCCUUCGCCUUCCUAUCUCGCUUCAAGUGCCACCGCACCGGAAAAAUCCUGUGCAUUUUCCAUGCAGGGAGCCACCCGUGCUGCGACUUAUCAGAGGAGAAGCGCCUGAGAGGUGAAGAGCACACUCUCAUCUAUCGCAAGACUGAAGAAGACAUGACGUCGAUUUUCCAAAAGGUGUCGGAAAAAGCACGCACUCCCGAAGCCUGGGAAGAAAAGUACGAAAAGCUUCUAGAGGAGGAGGCUACGCCCUCUCUCAAGUCUUUGCGAACGCUGCUGCAUGAGGGCGAGAAGAUUCCAUACGAGCUAACGUCGCUGCCCAUUCUAAAGGAAUUCGUCGACAAAUGCAACGACUGGGUUGAGGAGGCCACUAAUUACAUUGUCAGAAAGCAGCAGAAUCGCCGCAAGAACGAAAAGGUCUGGCAGAGUAGCGGACGUCGUGGAAGCGCCAAUAAUGACCAGAAAGACAAAGACAAGGAGUCGCGCCACGUCAGCAACAUUCAUCGUCUUCUUGCGGAAGCAGAGCACAUUGGCUUCGACUGUCCCGAGAUCGCACAACUGCAGGAACGAGCAGCCGCUGUCAAGCAAUUCCAAGAAAAUGCCGCCACGGUUUUGAAACAGAAUAUCGCCUCUCCUAUCGGGGUGAUUGAAGAGCUGAUCGAAGAGGGACGCAGUUUCAACAUUGACACUCCGGAGCUGGACGCUUUGUCUCGGAGACUGGAAGAGCUGCGCUGGAACGAGAAAGCCAGAGCAAGUCGCGGCGCGUUUCUGUUAUUGGCGGAAGUGCAGGAGAUCAUCCAAGAAGGAGAGCGGCUAGAGAUCCCCAACUACAACGAUCACUUGAAGUACUACCGCGACAAGCUGCAGGCUGGCCAAGCCUGGGAGGCAAAGGCCAGGGAACUCACUCAUGCCGAGUUUGUCCACUAUCCUCAGCUGGAGGCACUCACGGCUCAGGUACAGGCUAAUGCUCUUCCCGUUUCCCGCGAAACACUUGCCGCCGUCGACCAGAUACUUCACAAGCAGCGCGAGGCUCACCGACAGAUCCUUGAUCUGAUCGAACGGUGCCGUGAGACUGAUUAUAGAAAGCGACCGAAGUACUCCGAAGUCGUCGAGAUCACCAGGAAGCUGGAUGACCUCAACUCCAAGCCCGCCGGUACUGUCGACUUGGAGAAUGAGCGAAAACGGCACGAAGAUUGGAUGCGGAGGGGAAAGAAGCUUUUCGGCAAGUCGAAUGCGCCUUUGCAUAUUCUCAAAAGCCAUCUGGAGCAUGUGCUCGAGCGAAAUACCGACUGCUUCGAUACGGACCACGAUACGCCUCGUCUUCCGGGAGAGCCUGUCUCAAGAGAAGCCAGUCCAGAGGCCGGGGGCAAUCGUUGGGAAGACCCACGAUCGAGGCAGGUGUUUUGCAUAUGCCGGAAGGUUGAAGCUGGUAUGAUGAUUGAGUGCGAACUCUGUCACGAAUGGUAUCACUAUAAAUGCCUCAAGAUUGCCCGGGGCAAGGUGAAAGAGGACGACAAAUACACUUGCCCGAUAUGUGACUGGAGAAUGAAGAUACCUCGCGAUGCUUCCCGUCCGAAGCUGGAGGAUCUUAUUGCCCUCGCCGACGAGAUCCCGGGCCUACCCUUCCAGCCGGAGGAGGAAGAUGUUCUCCGGCAGAUCAUAGACAACGCCCAGAACUUUAGAGACAAGAUUGCUCAGUAUUGCAACCCGCUCCUUUCGACCGAAGCCGAGGCCGAAACGCAGCGAUUCUUUCUCCGAAAGCUUGAGGGCGCCGAGAUCCUGCUCUCCUACGAGACCAACUUCUUUCGCCAGGAGCUUCACAAGUGGUGCCCUGUCGCGCCGGAACCUCCGCCAAUCCUGCAAGUGUCGCUGAGCACGCGCAAGCCUCGGCCUACCAAGCUUCAGAAAAUGCUGGUGGAGUACGGAGUUGACAACCCGGAUGACCUUCCAGAGCAUGCCAAAGGCAAGGCCAACAGCCUGCGACGGAAAGCAGCAAAUGCGGAGGCGGCUGCAGCUGCGGCGCAAGCGCCGACGGCCAUGCCGAGUGUACCGAACCCUCACAACUCCGCGUACGGACCGCAGACUUACUUUUCUCGCGCGUCUCAUUCGACGACCCCGAGCGUCUCGGCCCCUUCGCACGGCCAUGCAGAUGAGAAAUCCGAGUCGGCUUCGGAGAAUGGUCGUCUCAAGCUGGGUUCCGCGGAGGCAGAGAGCAACUUGCAUCCCAGUUUCUUGGAAGCUGGUGGCCCUCACCUCGCUGCUGAUGACUCAAGCAUGGGCAUGAACUUGCAUACAGAGGCAGACAAGAAUAAGGCCACCGGAAUCUUCAAGCACACUGAGCUGGGCAAAGACCCGGCAGAAAGAAUCUGGGGCACCGACGUCUGGGGCAAUAGACAAAGAUCCAUGAGUGAUCAGCGACGGUCCAUGACCCCCGCUGACCUGGACGACACCAUGAAACAGCAGGAUGCCAACAAGGCUCACCUGAAGAUGUUCAAAGAAAUGAUCCACUCAGACGAAGACGAAGAUCACAAGAAGAAAGAUAGUACGAUGGCCAAUGGCCACGUCACAGCAGACUUAUUAGAAAGCGAGCGCAACGGGCUGGACGCAAUGCUGGACGGGGAGUAG